UAUAUGCCUCCCUCUAGUGGAAAGCAAAAGACGUACUUAGAAACUCUUGAAGCUAUGUCUGUUUCUAAAAUGUGCUUCAAAACGUGUUUGUAUAUAUAGAGGUGUGUGCGUGUGUUGUAGACCUACUAUUAUUACCCACUAUAGACUAUUUAGAAGGGGAAAAUAUUCGAAAUAUCAGUUUCAUGAAUCAUCCAACUGCAAUUAACUGCGACCAACUGAUAGACUUCAUCAUCCAGGAACCUCUGCGGUAACAAGGCCCUUCGCUCUCCCGUGUCAUUGGUGAAUGACCGAAGAUGUCGCACAGUAGACUGUUUGCUCGGCUGUUCUUACAGCAGAGCAGUGUCCGGCAUUGUUAUACAGCCUCACGAAAGAACCUCUACAUCAACAAGGACACUAAGGUCAUUUGCCAAGGCUUCACCGGGAAGCAGGGGACCUUCCACAGUCAGCAGGCUCUGGACUAUGGCUCCCGGCUCGUUGGAGGAGUCUCUCCUGGCAAGGGAGGCAAGACCCACCUUGGCCUACCCGUCUUCAACUCUGUGAAGGAGGCAAAGGAUGGCACCGGGGCCGAAGCCUCGGUCAUCUACGUGCCCCCGCCCUUCGCGGCGGCGGCCAUCUUGGAGGCCGUGGACGCGGAGAUGCCGCUGGUGGUGUGCAUCACGGAGGGCAUCCCCCAGCAGGACAUGGUGAAGGUGAAGCACCGUCUGCUUCGGCAGGGCACCACCCGCCUCAUCGGGCCCAACUGCCCCGGCGUCAUCAACCCAGGAGAAUGUAAGAUUGGAAUCAUGCCAGGCCAUAUUCACAAAAAAGGAAGAAUCGGCAUUGUGUCCAGGUCUGGUACCCUGACUUAUGAAGCUGUGCACCAAACUACGCAAGUGGGGUUGGGACAGUCUCUCUGUGUGGGGAUCGGUGGUGACCCGUUCAACGGGACAAACUUCAUAGACUGCCUGGAGGUGUUCCUACAGGACCCAAAGACUGAAGGAAUCAUCCUGAUUGGAGAGAUCGGAGGGAACGCAGAGGAGAACGCUGCAGAGUUCCUGAAAGAACACAACUCUGGUGCCAAGGCCAAGCCAGUGGUGUCCUUCAUCGCCGGUCUCACCGCCCCCCCGGGCCGGAGGAUGGGCCACGCUGGCGCCAUCAUCGCCGGAGGGAAGGGCGGAGCCAAAGAGAAGAUCGCCGCCCUGCAGUCAGCAGGGGUGGUGGUCAGCAUGUCCCCUGCCCAGUUGGGCAGUACCAUUUUCAAGGAAUUUGAGAAGAGGAAGAUGCUGUAAAUGUGGUGUGAAGAGCCCCGCACCCCCUCCCUCACACACACAUCCUUCCAAGUGGAUCAUCUUGUGUUCAUUGCCCUCUGUUUGAGGGCCAGCGCCUGAAGAAACCAAGAUCUCUUCAUGUCCACUGUAACUCAUACUCUUACAGUUUUAAUAUGUUUAAUAUGUCCUUAAUGUAUGCCAGAGGAAUAAUAAAUUCAUCCAAUCUUGA